GGCCAGUGGCAUGGUGUAGGCAAAGCGUUGUUGGUGCGUCAACAAGUACACACAUGGACUUGAGUAUUGGACACUGAUCGAACCACAUCAAACCAGAUAGAUAUACAGGAGGUCAGCGUCUGAGCCGCACGCAAGCAUCCUUUGUGGCUGUGCUGGCCGCCUGCCUCAACCGAUAAACAAACAGCAGCACGCCAUGCCCAUCCACUCGCCCAUCCUUCUAGUGUCCCCACCGCUCGUUAACCAGCAGCCAACGCACUUGCCUUUCCCUCCAUCCCUGCGUUUCUUGCCCAUCGAUUAUCCUCUGAAAAGUUUCCAAGCGCCAUAGAAUAUGAACAGGGUGACGACCAUGCCGGCGAGGACCAGCCAGCGGUCGACGGCGUGCCGCCGGUCGAUGACGCCCAGCAGGCUCUGCACCAGACCUGACGUGUUGGUCACAUCCAGCAUCUUCCGGCGCACACCCUGCAAUCACACACACGCACACACGCGUCCUCACAGUGUGCAGUGAGGCCGUGUGUCGUUUGUGUGUGUGUGUGUGUGGUACCUUUAGGUUUUUGUUUUGCCCCAUGAUGUUGUCGACGAUUUGUCUGCCCUGCUCUGUGAUGGCGUCCAUGAGGGAAUGGGACUCCUUCAGCGCCUCGCGCUCACGCAGAUAACCGCUGAUCCGCUCCCUCUGACGCACACACACACACACACACAAAGACAACAGAUUCCCAUCGGUCUGGUAUGUCGGACUGCCUGGCUGUGUGUACCUGUUCUUUGCCUUCGAACAGUUUUCGCCUUUGUUGCUCUUCGAUUUGUGAGCGGUAGAUGUGCCCCAGCUGCUUCUCAAGACAGAUGCGGAAGUGCUGCGCGUCGUCCGACAGCUUGGUCGUCCGCCUGCAGACAGACCAUCCACACAACACAUCCAGAAGUCACACACACACGCACAGACCCCAUCUUGCCCUGCCCCUCUCUGCUUACCUUUGCCACACAUCUUUCUGCGCCUUGUCGACGUACUUGAUUUUCUCCUCCAGCUGCUGCACAAGUCGUGAGAACUCAUUGGUGAGUGCGCCGAGCCGUUGCUGCAGGGCGAUGGAUCGGUCCUGGCCCGUCUCGAAGGCCUCCAGCAGCCGGUCCACCUCCUGCUUGGUGCUCGUCGUCUUCCGGUACAGCUCCGACAGACCUGACGUCCCUGACGUGGCCGACGACGACGCGCUCGACGCCAUGAACGAGAUGUACACCGCAACAAGAUCUCUCUCUCUUGAGGCCUGGCGUUCUUCGUCUUCUCUUCA